GACUCCAAUCAACUGAAUGUCCCACAGGUGGACUCCAAUCAACUGAAUGUCCCACAGGUGGACUCCAAUCAACUGAAUGUCCCACGGGUGGACUCCAAUCAACUGAAUGUCCCACAGGUGGACUCCAAUCAACUGAACGUCCCACAGGUGGACUCCAAUCAACUGAAUGUCCCACAGGUGGACUCCAAUCAACUGAAUGUACCGCAGGUGGACUCCAAUCACCUGAAUGUCUCACAGGUGGACUCCAAUCAACUGAAUGUCCCACAGGUGGACUCCAAUCAACUGAAUGUACCCACAGGUGGACUCCAAUCAACUGAAUGUCCCACAGGU